GCAAAAUUAAGAAAUAUAAAUCGCGACGGCUGGUCAAACUUGAAACACGCCCCGUUCCCCACAUCAACUAUCUGCUGGAGUUGACAUGCUUAGGUUGGCUGUACUUUAGCUGCCAGUCGACGAGACACGCUUAGGGAUUAUCUGGAACCGUCCACCCCAAGUACCGACUUACCUGUCCUUUUUUUGCCUCUACCCUUUUCCCCUUUCUUUAACCAUCGUCAUCAGCUUCCUUUUUCUUUCUUGAAUUCUACAAAACUUCCUAGCCUCCCUCCGGUUUCUAUGUUGAGCGCCGCCCGCAAGACCCUGAACCGCGUUCCCAGUUUUCAGGAUAUCCUACAAGGCAGGAUGACCCAUCCAGACAUUUCCGUCGAUGUUCUUGUCAUCGGUGCAGGCCCAACUGGGUUGGGUGCUGCGAAGCGACUGAACCAGAUCGUACGCGACCCAACACGAACGAGCCCGUGUCUCGGAAUCUGAUGGAAUUGACACCUUAUCGUUUUUUUGUAACAGGAUGGCCCCUCUUGGUUGAUUGUCGAUGCCAAUGAGACCCCUGGUGGUCUGGCUUCUACCGACGUUACCCCCGAAGGCUUCCUCUUCGAUGUUGGUGGCCACGUUAUUUUCUCCCACUACAAAUACUUCGAUGACUGUCUAGACGAGGCAUUGCCCAAGGAGAGCGAUUGGUACCAGCAUCAGCGUAUCUCCUACGUCCGUUGCAAGGGCCAAUGGGUUCCCUAUCCUUUCCAGAACAACGUCUCCAUGCUCCCCAAAGAAGAUCAGGUUAAGUGCAUCGAUGGCUUGAUUGACGCCGCUCUCGAAGCUCGCGUGUCCAACUCUAAGCCCAAGACCUUCGAUGAGUGGAUUCUCCGUCAGAUGGGCACUGGCCUGGCUGACCUCUUCAUGAGACCUUACAACUUCAAGGUCUGGGCUGUACCGACAACUAAGAUGCAAUGCGCCUGGCUUGGUGAGCGUGUUGCCGCACCGAACGUGAAGGCCGUCACCACGAACGUCAUCCUGCAGAAGACCGCCGGUAACUGGGGUCCUAACGCCACUUUCCGCUUCCCUGCCCACGGAGGCACUGGUGGUAUCUGGACCGCCGUCGCAGACACUCUGCCCAAGGAGAAGACCCGUUUCGGUGAUAAGGGAAAUGUCGUCAAGGUCAAUGCUAACAACCGCACCGUCGUCCUGAAGGACGGUACCACCAUCGGCUACGAGAAGCUUGUCUCCACCAUGGCGGUCGAUUUCCUGGCUGAGAAGAUGGGCGAUAAGGAGCUCGUCGAUCUGAGCAAAGACCUCUUCUACUCCUCCACCCAUGUCGUUGGUGUCGGUAUUCGUGGAGAGCGCCCUGAACGGAUUGGUGACAAGUGUUGGCUCUACUUCCCCGAGGAUAACUGCCCCUUCUACCGGGCCACCAUCUUCUCCAACUACUCCCCCUACAACCAGCCUGCUGCGUCCAAGAAGCUACCCACCCUGCAGCUGGCCGAUGGCUCCAAACCUCAGAACACGGAGCCCCAGAAUGGCCCGUACUGGUCCAUCAUGCUGGAGGUUUCUGAGUCCUCGAUGAAGCCUGUGAACUACGAGACACUCCUGGCCGAGUCCAUCCAGGGCCUCGUCAACACCGAGAUGCUGAAGCCCACGGACGAGAUUGUCUCCACGUACCACCGCCGCUUCGACCACGGUUACCCCACUCCAUCCUUGGAGCGCGAGGGAGCUCUUACGAAGAUCCUGCCCAAGUUGCAGGAGAAGAACAUCUGGUCGCGUGGUCGCUUCGGCAGCUGGCGCUACGAGGUCGGCAAUCAGGACCACUCUUUCAUGCUGGGCGUGGAAGCGGUCGACAAUAUUGUCAACGGAGCGGUCGAGCUGACCCUCAACUACCCCGACUUCGUCAACGGACGACAGAACACCGAGCGACGACUGGUCGACGGAGCGCAAGCGUUUGCCAAGAAGAAGGCUGUGCAAUAG